CAUUCAUGCAGCUGGGCCCCGCCCCAUCUCCAGAGGCACCUCCCGCUAGCAACAGUCUCCCCAGGCACGACACAGCUAACAGAAGGCCCGGCAGGCAGGACUCUGGGACAGACGCAGGCCAGCUGCCCAGAGAGCCCAGACCCAGCAUGGACGCUGUGGACGCCACCAUGGAGAAACUCCGGGCGCAGUGCCUGUCCCGCGGGGCCUCGGGCAUCCAGGGCCUGGCCAGGUUUUUCCGCCAACUAGACCGGGACGGGAGCAGAUCCCUGGAUGCUGACGAGUUCGGGCGGGGUCUGGCCAAACUCGGGCUGGUGCUGGACCAGACGGAGGCAGAGGGUGUGUGCAGGAGGUGGGACCGCGACGGCAGCGGGACGCUGGAUCUGGAGGAGUUCCUUCGGGCGCUGCGGCCCCCCAUGUCCCAGGCCCGGGAGGCAGUCAUCGCAGCUGCAUUUGCCAAGCUGGACCGCAGUGGGGACGGCGUAGUGACAGUGGACGACCUCCGCGGGGUGUACAGUGGCCGUGCCCACCCCAAGGUGCGCAGUGGGGAGUGGACCGAGGACGAGGUGCUGCGCCGCUUCCUGGACAACUUCGACUCCUCUGAGAAGGACGGGCAGGUCACGCUGGCGGAAUUCCAGGACUACUACAGCGGCGUGAGUGCCUCCAUGAACACAGAUGAGGAGUUCGUGGCCAUGAUGACCAGUGCCUGGCAGCUGUGAGCAGCUCCGGGCUCAGCCCUGCUGCCCUGGCCUGUCACCCCCACCCCCGCUGGAGACCUCCCUUCCCUGGGCCUCUUCUCUCCUGGGCAGCCACACCACAGAGCGGGGAGGGGCAGGUGGGGGAAUAGAGGCUGCAGGACCGGCUAGACCAGGUCCCUGCUGGGCCACCAGGGGGAGGAGGGACAAAGGUCCUAACACGAGUCACUGGCUUAGGACCCCAGGGAGAAAAGCUGUCCCCACCCACGCCAUGCUGACCUGAGGCCUUGCAGCCCCUGCGGAUGCCCCCGCCAAGGUCCCCUGAUCCCCCCACCCGGCCUGCUGCUCCCCACCCCUCCCUUGCGCGUCCCCCAGGAAGCCAGGCAAGCCCAGGUGGGAGGCGGUGCGUGGAGGCUAUCCUGGAAGGCAGUCUGGACCUGCCCAGGUGUGGAGCGAGGGGCAAGGGGGCAUCCUAACCUCAGAAACAACAAAAAAAAAGCCUUUGAAAAAAACAUCUGUAAAACAUCAACCCCCAAUCAGAAGAUGGCAAUGGGGAAUACAAUAGUAGUUCACAUGUCCAGCGAGCCCCGUGUCUACACUCUCAUGAGCAGCCCCAGGCUGGGAGCCCUGGGCGGGGGCAGAAGACCUGCAGGGGGGUUGGGGGUAAAGUGUGGGUGGCGAUGGAGAGACCAGGGCUGUGGCUGGAUUCCAGUGCUGGUGACACGUGGGGUGGGAGCAUGAGGCCCCAGGCUGCCGGAGGUCCUGGCCCGGGGAGGUGGAGGCCAUUCCUGGUCAGGGGCUUCCUGAGGCCCCUGGCGCAUGCAGAGGCCGGGGUUUUAGUUAAAAGUUUAAUGUAGUUCCCAAAUACAUUUCAUAUGACAAUCUUACAUAAAUGUUCCAAAACA